UACAAUAGUCCUAGCAAAAGUCUUACUUUUAUAUACGUAUACCUAUAUCUAAAACAAUGUACAUAUAAUAAAUAUAUAUAUAUAUAUACAUAUCCGCCAGAUGAAUUAACUCGAGACCGUAAAUGAAAUUAAUUCCAACCAGGAUCCGUGUUGGAGUAAUUUCGAUAAAAAAAUAUAUAACGGAAUUUAAUUAAAAUAAAUAAAAAUUAUCAUUAAAAUAAUCAUUAUUAUAAAUAUUAAUUAAAAUUAACGCGUGCUAUAUCGGUCGUGUAUAUUUUUUAUCUCACAUAGAAAUGUUGGUUUUUCGUUGAUCUCCGUUGAUAAAAAGAUAAUAAUUGAAAGAACUUUGAAAGUACGGAUUUUUAUAUACGUAAAAAAAGAUGGGAAUGCAUAGAACGCGAUAGGAAUAUACACGAAACCAACCCCUCUCGAUAAUUUUCCUACUUAUGGGAUUAAUCUCUAUACGAUGCAGUGAGAUGGGUUUUCGAUAGAUCGAUACGGCAGCUGACAUGGGCACGCGCUUCUAAGCCGCUUAUACCGAUACCUCCGACGGACACAGAUUUUUGCGCUUUUUUGGAAAAUCCUCUCGUCCGUCUAAUCCGACAGGCACAGAAAUUGCUAAUAAUUUCGCAGGAAUAAGGCGAUAAUUGAUUUAAAAAAUAUGGAUGCCAUCAACUUCCUUUUAUAUUUCGAAGCUACAACGCAAUCCUUUGCGACAUGCUAAAAGAACAUCGAACGCAAAACCGAUUAUUUUUUUUUUCCUCUUAUCAUCGGAAUUUCAUCGAAAAUCAAUUUACGUUAAAAUUAACGCCAAGUUGUUUCUUACUUAAUCUUUGAUGAAAAAAAAGGACUAUUAGAAAAUAAAUUCCAUGGUAGAAUUUUUACGUACGAGUAAAAGAGAACGAGAAAAUGUGAAACGCGAUAGACGUAGGUUUCGUUUACUUUGCGAUAGAUAUAGGAUAUUCCAUAUUCCGAUCGAGUAUUCCAUGUAUACGAAUAAUCUAAACUAACUUAAUUUCGAAGUGUAGAAAUAUAACUCGUAGUUUCUUUACGAUGCGAGUUCGAAACGAGUCGUGGAAUAAACGAACGAAAAGGCUGCGGCGUAUGUACGCAAACGUUAUAAUUCUGAAUUAUGGUGCAUAUUUUACGAGAGAUUACUAGUGGUUUACAAAUGAGUCUCAUAUAUCGACGGAUUAUAGCCCGCUUCAUGUACAAUCGAAAGAAAACUACGGGACCUGAGUAAACAAGGUAUACCUUAUGACGAUGAUCGUCCGUUGGGAAGAACGUUUGGUAAGACUAAUCGUAAUAACAACACAUUCGCCUAUCCGUAUGUACAUAUGGACAAAAAUGUGUCAGCUGGAGGUCGUCUCAUCUUAUAUUAUUAUUAUUUGUUAUUGAAAUAUCCUUUCUUCCUCGUUUUCUCGUAUGUUUUGUUUAUCGUUAAUCUCUGUUAGAACACGAUUAAACCUACAUCGACACGUUGGGCGAGUACGUCGUAAUGAUAAUCUAUAGGCGGAUACUUGUGCUCAUAAAUCAACUUAACAAGUUCACGAUCUUCAAAGUUUAUCUCAGACGUCACAUUCUUCCUUGGAUCUGAGAAAGAAGCGUACGUUUUAACAUUGUGCCAUAAAUAAAAACGGAUCGACGGACCUUUUAUAAGGUAACCUUUUCACGCAAAAGAGAUAUAUCGACGAUCGGAGUAUGCGUUAAUUGACCAUAUUACGUCAUACACAAGCACCUUACGUUCCUACGUAACUUAAUAAUAAACUCCGGCUCUAACAAAUAACUUAAGUAGAAAACUGCUACUCGAAUCGAUAAUGAAAGAUAGAUAAUGAUAGGUAGAACGCUUUACGUUGUAUUCAUUUGAAAGUUUUACCGAGCAAAUUCUGUCGUGAUUUCCUUAUCACGAAACAAUCGGGACGAAAUGAAAUUUCUAUUUUCGUUCCACGAAUCGUAUAAAUCGACCAAGCGACUUAACUUGCCGUCCUUAUCCACUUUAUUUUCGCUUUCUAUUACUUAUUCUAUAUACCUAUCCUUGCUAUUAUCAAAUAAUUUUUUGAUGAAAAUUUCCGUUCUUUCAAUCGUUUUCCGACGAGUCAAUUUUAAUAAUACUUCGAAGAGAUACGAUAUCAAGAGUGAUAGUAAGUAAGUAAGUAGAUUAGAUACUCACUGUGCAUUUAACGAGCGAAACGAUUUGUUGCGUGGGACGAUCGUAUGACGUUGGAAAUCGUUUCGAACCAUCGAUAAAUCACUCGUGGUUAUACCGAAAAUCUCACGUAGAAAAUGACUGGAUUCGAAUAAACGGCGAUCGAUCGAUCGCCGAGAAAAGGUUCCCGUCUAUUAUUCGAUCAAUGCGAUUACAAACUAUUGACUAUUCAAAGGGAACGCGUCGUACGUUCGUCGCCAUCGCAUUAGCAGUACCUGUUUUUGUUAGGAACCACGAGAGCCUCUUGUCGAGUUUUGGGCGGUGUCGGGCUAUUACCUAACUAACACGGAACGUUUCGCCGACGGGGAGAACGUGAAAAAGACAGAGAGAAAAUAUACGUGUAUCUAUCUCUCUCUUUCUCUCCCUCCUUCUCUCUUUCUCUCUCUCUCUCUCUCUCUCUUCUUCUUCUUUCUUGCUGUCACAAAACGACACCUGGAUUUCAGUCACUUGGAAAAUUGCCGGAAAAUUGCCACAAAAAGCGAUAUUUUAUUCCUUUCGGUUGCACGCGGCUACAUUUUCGGUCCUGUUUACGAGCUUUUAUAGACUCAUGUCUUUCGAUGACAACGCUAAGUCACACCUGGUCGAAGAAUCUACGAUCGUUCUCGAUCGUUUUCAAAAUAUGUGCUCCUUCUUCUUUUUUUUUCUUUUACGUACGUUCGAAAUUGAAAAACUCAUUUAAAUAUUUUUUCUAACGUCUCCCAAUGAACAAAUCGAGUUUACUCGUUUCCUCCUCCAUACAGAAAGUUAGGACGGAUGAAAAGAAAAUUAACUCGAGGCUUCGUCCACGUCGCGAUAAUGCAAUUUUCACAUAGCACAAUACAAACUAGACGACGUAUUCUUAAUCGAGAGACGCGUCUUUCGUUGGUUAUUAUCGUGGCACGCGUAUGGAAUUGUUCGUUGGCACGUGGUCUUCGGAAGUCGAAGGGAAGUCUGGAUGAACCAAGUUGCCUUAUAAUUUUCGUUCAUUGUCCGUCGGAGAGGUUCACUCCGUAUUGCGUCCGACGGUAAAAACCUUUCUACAAUAGCUUUAUAACGGUAUUAGCGAGGAAACAUCGCUGUGUCGUCAUUACCUCGCUUCGAACGCAACCCUAACUAGAAUGAAGUUCACGAAGUUCGCAAAGUUCGAUAAAGCUUCUUUCAGAAGACCGAUUCACGAUCUUUGCUUUAUUUUCUUUUUUUCUUUUUAAUAGGAUCGACAGAGAUUUUGCAAGGGUUAGAUGACUUUGUGAAAUAGUUAUUCGAUGUCAUAUUGACGAUGCUUAGUCGAUAUAAAACGAAAAAUAACGAAGGAUAACGAAGGUAAUAGAGGUAGUCUUUGGCACCCCUUUCCCAUGGUCCGUGAUGAAUUUCUAACGCGUACCGACCGGGGACCCGCUGAAAUUUCGAACGAAUAGAAUAGAUCCAAGCCAAUGCUUCGUCAUUCCGCAUUCAUUUUUUCUUCGCGCGUAUGUAUGAACGAACGAGACAAAGUUCAAGCUAGUUUACUGCAGCGCGUGAUUAAAUACAUCGCUCGACAGUUAAAUUAGGUGAUUAAGGAUUUAAUUGAUAACUUCUUUGAUGACGAAACGUUUUACUUGUGUAUACCUAUAUAUACGUAUAUAAAUGCUGAAUCGAGUAAUUCAUUUUUUAUAGAGCCGUGACAAAACUAAUAUAUGGUUCCAACUUUAAAAUUGCAACGAAAUGAUAAAUAUCUACGAUCCUUAUUGUUUCAGAACAAUUUUCUCUCGGAGUUUUAGCAUGAUAAAUUAUAUUCUUUCUAUUUCCGCUUAAAUCCUUUUGAUGAUCAUAAUUCACUUUCCUCUGACAGCCGAAUAAAAUAUUACAAAAAUUGCAAACUUUACGGUAUAAUCCGCUUUCAGCGAUUCAAGAAAACGCGAGUCUGCUUUUCGUAUUUUCGUUUUCUUAUAUCUUUCUUCCGCUUCUCUUGCCGCUUCUGUUUCCAUUUCUUGACAUUUAUCGUUUGAAAAAAAAAGAAAGCAUCAAGUAUCUAUUUCGCAUUUUGUCGGAAUUAUACGUUGGAAACUAAUCUGGGGAAAGAGAAUAAGAAAAAGAAUAAAAAUGAGAAAAGGUAAGAAAGGUAACUGGUAAUAAAAGCGAUUAAUGAUCCAUAGAUGGUUAUGGGCCGAUGUUGCUGCUCGUAGAACUCCCACGCGGAAUUUUAAAGUUCGAAAUUUUCGGCUGGGCGUAAUCCACGUCCGCGGCAUUAUUCUUGUGUAAAGGUAAAUGCGCUUAUACCGAUCUUUCAUUCACGAUCGGCCGACUCCUCGAGCGUUCGUCUGCCGGUAGUUGCGCCUUUCACGAUACUCUCACGAGUGUUCAAAGCUCGCGUAGUAAAGUGUACGGGGAGGAGAAGAAGGAGGAGGAGCAGAAGCUGGAAAGGGCGAAAGGGAAAAAGAAAGAGAGAGAGAGUGAGAGAGAGAGUGAGAGGAAGGGAGGGACAGAAAGAGAGAGGGAGAAGAGAUCGUUUUCAAUUCAUCGUAGCCAACAAACCGUGCUGUAUCCGUCUUUUCCUCUCCAUGACUGCAACCAUUACCAAGAGAGGUAUCCAUAGCGCGUGUCAAAACAGAAAUACUAAGGCCGAGAAUCAAGGAAAGUAUGAAUGAAAGUAACGAGUGAAGUAUGAAAGGAGGAAUAGAGAAACGAACCGCGAAAGGAAAGUGAAUGAUGAAGGUCGGUCAAAUAAGAGAGAAAGAUUGGCCAGGGAGCUAAAAGCGAAUGGUAUGCUUUAGCGCACGGGCCAACGUGUGCGUAACUCACUGAAAUUAUCGAAUGAUACACGCUAAGUUGAUCCUGACAAUACCGUACGAAACAAUACUUCGACAACAAAGGGCCAUCGAUGCGAGCCAGAUUCGAACCUAACUAAUCCAUGAAUUUCGUGCUGUUCGAGCGAGCCGAUUCAUUUUACGAGGACGAGUUGUUUCCAUGUUCUUUCUUUUUUAUUUAUUUCUUUUUUCGUUAUCUUUAUUUUGAUUAAUUCGCCAGGUCCUUUCGCUUAUGAUUCUACGUAACGAGAAAUUCAUACGUAAUUGCAAGUCUUUAUAAAUAAUAUUAAACGUAACAUUUUUUACAACAAAAAGAAAUAAGUAUCAAGGGACGACGAAGAAGCUUAUAGAAAGAUAGAUGUUGGAUGUAGGAAAAAAGAAAGGAAAAGAAAAAAAUCGAAGAUACGUUCGUCGUUCGAAUUGAAAGGAUUGAACCAUAUGUAUGGCAAAGGAUGCUGAGUGAGGAAAUACAGAGUUGUGAUCGAUCGUUGUGCAAGAUAUUCAUCCGGAUAUAUAUAUAUAUAUAUAUAUAUAGAGAGAGAGAGAGUCUAGGUAUAAGAAAAUGAACGUGUACCCGUAUGGACGAUCGGUAAUAUACAUAUGUAUACACCUAUCUAUAGGAGGUAAAGGAUAAAGGAUUUUCGCGAUAAUCUCUGUUCUCCAGACGUUGCCGUUCAAAUUAUCCGCUCGAAGUGAUACGAAAAGGAUCGAUUUGAAAUCGUAUUUGCUAUUCCCAUGAUUGCUAUUUCUUUAGCCACUGUCGCAGCCAACCACCGCCGUUCUUUUCUUUUUUUUCGACAAAGUUUCCCUUUUAUGAAUGACCGAUUGGCGUGGGUCGCGAGUCUCGAACGGGAUAUUCCUUUGUGUCAGUGCAUUCUUUUCGAUGAAUGUACUUCUUCGCCGGGUGAAAUGAGCCGUACCGAUUUUUUGGUACUACUUGUCUGAGAUGCGUCCUUUCGACGAACGGAGCGGAAUCGCGCGCGGGGACUACUGCAACGGAAGAGAGAAAGGGAUAGACUUGAAGAAUAUGAAAAACAUUCGAGGGUGGAUUCGAGAGAAAGAGAAAAAAGAAUAAGAAAAGUUUGUCGUAAGACGUCGAUCACGGUGUGUACACACGAAUCCUUUUUACGAGAGCCCCUGAGGAAUUUUCUUCGAUAUCUUAUUCGAUUCCGUCGAAGGAUCGUUCUCAGGACGAUGCGUCUUCUUUUACCUAGGCGUGGAUAUACUACCCGAUAUACUCGGUAUUACCACGGGCUACUCGAGCCAAAAGUAUUGAAAGUGGCUUCGACGAGAUGCUCGAUAGAACCCUUCGAUAGUUACUCAAAGAAACACGGAGAAAGAUGUCUAUUGUAUCGAAUUCGAUCGUUCUCUUAUUCUUUCCUCGAUACAUACUUUCCUUUCUUUCUUCCUUCCUUCCUUCCUCUCUUCUUUCCAUUUCCUUCUUCAAAUGCUUCUAAGAAAUAAAAUUGAUUUAUCCGUUAAGACAGUGGCACUAGACUCGAAAUACGAACCCUUUCGCAUAUCUUACGAAAAAAAAUUAGAUUUGUUUUAUCAUUAAUCCUCGAUCCUUUUAAUAUCAAUCUGAAAUCUCUUAAAAAUGUCUCGUUAAAUAUUUAAAUCACUUGGAAAUAACUCAUAUUUUAUUUUAUACAUUGAAGUGAAAUUUUCUCUCUCCUUGAUAAAUGAUACGGCAAGAUUAAAAAUUUCAUAAAACUUUCAAUAGAGUCUUUCAAUUUUUCGUAUUACUCUUGAAUAAAUAAUAAAAGCGAAAUAUUAAACUUACAUACAUAUGUACCUUUCGAACUCUCCAAGGACCUUCUUUCUUUUUCUUCUUCUUUGCUUCAUAUCUUUGUAUAAGUUUGUUUAAACUUCGCAGCGAAGCUUCUAUGUAUUGACAAAUAUUUAACCAGUCUUGAAGCUCGUGGCUGUUUUUGUUUAUGCGUCGUGAACUUUUCUUUUUCCAUCUCCGUUCUUCGUGUCAUUGAUACGCCACGUCAAUGUAAUCGUCUUGUGCAAUAUGUGUUUUAAGCUUUCACUCUCUCUCUCUCUCUCUCUCUCUCUCUCUCUCUCUCUCUCUCUCUUUCUCUCUCUUUUUCUUUCUCUCUCUUUCAUGCACAUACACGUAAAAAAUUAUGUGUAAACGCCGUAGAAUAUGUAAACAGCUUGUUUCUUUAUUGUCUCUUUUUCGUUUACAAACGGAAAACUUGCGAGCAAACAAAAACAUUAUAUAUUUGUUGUUGAAACACAUUGGAGGAACGUAUAUUACGCACAAUAACAUCGAUUUUACUACGAUUCGACGCGUUAUUUAUUUCGACAAAGAAGAAGUCUGACUUUCCGAGAAAGAAAAAAUUAAGAAAGAAAAACAAUUUCGUCCGACAUUCGUGCAAUAUUAUAUAUGAUAUUAAUAUAAUAAAUCGUGAAACGUAAACGAACCAAGUGUCCUUAAUAAAAUGAAAAUAUAAUAUUGAAAUACUCGAUGACGUAAUAACACAGAAAUAUAAUGGUAUAAGAAAAUGGAAAUCGUAGAGUUCUGUUUGUCCCUUCAUCGAAUAGCCACGCCUCGAAGGAGAGAACCGACCAAUAGGAGAAUACUCGACCGAGGGUACCGAUCGAAAUUAAAAUAUCCUUCGCUAGUAAUGACGUGAGAUACGAGUAAGCAAGUACGAUACCCUAUGGUGAGCUUGUGUUUGUCGGAAAGCAGGGUGGUCCUAUAUCGCCACGAAUCCCCUCUCUUUUUUCUCUCAACAAAGGGUUCUCUAUCAUGAACCCUCUUUUUCGUGAGUAUGCCGGACAUAUGCACGGAAGGAGAAAAAGAGAAAGAUUGUAUUAUUCACGAGUCGCUGGUAAGAUAACACAAGCGUGAUUUUUAAUACGAGCCGAAGGAAGAAGGGUCCUCCUCCUAGUACGGCCCUUCCGUAUGCUUUGGUAACAUUGUAAUGGGAUUAGUCGUGUUAUUAGGGGUUUCGAAUCACGGCUGUGUUUUCUCUGUUCCUUUUCCAUCGCUCCUUUUAUGCAUCGCAUAAAUUCAUAAGCGUAAACGAAGAGAUUGCAAGAGUUGAUUUUUCUUUCUAAAGAAACACGAUGUUUCUGAAGGUCGAUGUAAUAUUACCAUAAAAAUAUCUAGAAAAUUAAUUGCUACUACGAAACGGACCUAAAUAUCAAAAGGGCAUUGUCCGAUUUAUUAACAGAGUACAAUUGUAGGUAAACUAAAUGGUAACAAUUACUUAAUUAACAUGCUAGCAAGCAAGCAAACAAUCGGCUACACUUACAAUUAGUACCGAACUCACGUAUUCUAUGAUACUUCACGCAAAGCUAUUAGAAACUAUUCGUGACACGUUAAUUACCGUGCAAAUUGUCAAAGACAUUCUCCGUACUCGCACGUACGUACCUAUAAGAUAUCCAUAACUUCAUUUUCGCUCCUCCAUAUACUUCGUUAUACCUCGCACUGCUCGCUUAAAUUGGCUAGCUGUCAAGUAUAUCGAGUUGCUUUUAGCGCAAAUGAAAAUUACAUUCGGUCGAAAACGCGACCGAAUACCUAUACACACACAUAUAUACAUAUACGUAUUUGUGGUCCAUGCCAUGCAGACCAUCGCUGAUUUCAACUCAUGAAAAUUGCAACGAGAAAAUGUUUCGUUUAACUAGGAUUAAAACCAUGUUUUGUUGAAAAUACAUAUUGACUAAAAGAAAAAAAUAAAAAUAAAAAGGAGACUGACGAUCGAACCAUAUCUCAAAAGUUUUUUAUUCUGUUCGUUUCUUUUUUUGCAAGAAUUUAUCGGAAUUAAAUUAGUUUAAAAGCAUAUUAGGAAAAUCCAGAUUAAUCUCGAAAAGAAAAAAAAAAUACCGAUCUCGUAUACGUUAAAUUGACUCGCCGAACCCGGGUCCUUCCGUUGCCGGUGCGGUUAAAUCAAGCUACGAAAUCUCAUAAACGACGUACAUGCUCAUGACCUUACUUUACCUUACCUUACCUUACCUUAUUUUACCUUACCUUAUCUUACAUACCUACAUAUAUACUCCUCGUAGAUGGAAAUCUUUGAAAGGAGUACGGAAGUUCCUUGAAGAUUCCAGAGAGUUGAUUUGGAUCUCUCGUGAAUAUCGAUUCUCUUCGUGGAGCAGCGACGUUAGAUUUCUCGCGUGAUUGAAUCUCUUUUGAGAAACGUACGUACAUGUGUGUGUAUGUGUGAGCAUGUGUAUAUAUAUAAAUAUAUAUUGAUUGACAUCUCGCGUAUGACUAUCGUUUAUCGCGAUUACGCGUAUGCGUGUAUAUACGAAUACAAGCAAAGGAUAAGGAUAAUUAUCAUAUAAAUCCACCCUGUCGUCUCUUCUUAUUCAAAAAAGGCAAAACUUCCUAAUUAAUCCUCUCUUACUAAUUCCCUAUCUGCUUUGAAAUCAGAUCGUAGUCGUACACUAAUGACUCUCUCUCUCUUUAAACUAACCAACUCUUUAAACGGACCAAGUACUAUAGUAUUCAGAAUGUUUGAGGACUCCUUGCAUUAGUUUAUCUCGAUCAUCUGGCCUAAGAUUACUUCGUGCCGAUACUUAAUGCGUUCGCGUGUUGAUAAAGCUGAAAAGAAGGAAAGAACUCGUUGGUCUUUUUACUCUUCCGUUGAGAAAAGAUGAAAAGUCAGAGAAGGGACGAAAGCUUCUUUCUCUCGUUCUCCUUAUGAAAUGCAGCGAUGAAAGAGUUCUCUAAUAGAAUAGAAUAAUUUAACUGUGAAAUUGACAGUAAUAACAGAGAACGGAGAGUACCGACGGAACGCAUAAAUGGAGCGACAUUAACCGGAGAUGAGGCUUCCUUCGAAAGGAUUAUCGAAGGUUUUCCUGUAUCCUUCUCAUAAUUUGAAUCCGUACCAAGAUAUACUAAAGUAAUAAUCCGUUGUACGGGCAGAGGUUAACAAUAAUAGAACGAUGCACUCCGAUGCCGUAUAAAGUUUCGAGUAAUAUUAGCUACCACCCGUCAAAUUGGUGCUGCCGAAAAAAGAAGAGUAAGGGAGAAAGGGAGGAAGGAAGGGAGAGAGAGAGGAAGAGAGAAAGAGAGAGAGAACAAGAAAAUACCCUACUCAUUGUCGUCCCUGGGGGACGAUGUUCGGGAUGAUAGUUCGGGCGUACUUCGUUAGGGUGAAGUUAAAAGGGGGCACCCUCGUGAAAAGGGCGGGGCCCGAUAGAAAGAGGGCCCCUCGAGAGAACCAACCCCUGGGUGGAGUUAGCAAUCGGUAUAUAUGCUCUGACAGGGGUGUCCGAGAUGCAGAACUCAAUGCAUCGUCGUACCGUCGACCAGCCAGACGAACUUUUCAUGCUAAGUGUUACGAACUUAUCGGGAUAUAUCGUAUUGUCGAGAAAAGUUAACGAUAUCGAAAAAAAAGAAAAAAAAAAACAGUGCAGCAGAAUCAAUGAACAAGCAAAUCUCGUGAAUUAGAUCGUCGCGUCGCAAGAUUCUUUAGUGAACUUCUCCAGGAUUUUCUUUUUUCAACGAGAUGUCUCGAAGUUUCCUCGUGGAUUCUCUCAUCGGCAACAACUCACCGCCGUCCUAUCCGUUGCCUUAUUACGGGAAUCAAUUGCCAAAUUACAUGUUCAACUUCUUCAAUCUGGGAUUAGGUUAUCAACCAAUUAGACCCGUUCCUAGAACACCGGUGAUGCCUGUGGCACCAGUUCCUAUCAGUCCGUCGGCAAGCGUGUCUUUACCUAUACCUGGACAAAGUCCACCUUCUCCUCUAAACGUCUCGACCAGCAGACUCUCAGAUGUCUCGGCGUCUAACGAGUCACCGUCGCGCAAUAGCACUCCAACGCCACCACCGAAAUCACCAAACUCCGUUUCGAAUAGCUCGAAGCGUAUCAGAACGGCAUUUACGAGCACACAAUUGCUAGAACUCGAACGAGAAUUUGCUUCGAAUAUGUAUCUCUCCCGUUUGCGUCGUAUCGAGAUUGCGACGAACCUAAGGCUUUCCGAAAAGCAAGUAAAGAUCUGGUUCCAAAAUCGAAGAGUUAAGUACAAGAAAGAGGAUCUACCGUCGGGACAGAAUCAAAAGUGUUGUUGUUUACGUACAUGCGGUAGAAAGAAAGAAGGCUGUACAGGCGGUUUGCAGAGUCGACGGUGCGAUCAGGAGGAAGAACAGGAUGGAAGGUCCUUUGAUACCACGACUACAACGUCGACCUCACAAACGCGAGAAGAAUCGAGCGGUUCGAUCGAACUCAUGGUUCGUCGUGAGUAUGAAUCACCGAUUCGAAAGACCGAACGCUUCGAAAUAUCUUCGCUUUCGAGACAAACGGAAGACUCGCCAUUUCCUGGCGAACCCGAUGAAAAAUUGAAUUUUCGAAGGAUCGAGCCGUUUCACGAGCGAACGAAAGAGGAGACGAACGAACAGCAUUCGGCCGUUGGCUGCAAAAGAAAUACCGAGGAUGAAUAUGACAGGACGGAUAAGAGGAGAAAAAUGGACCUACCACCGACCAUGCAUCAGAGUACGGAGCAUAGAGACUCAAUCUCUAGACCGGUGUUUGACAGCUUGUCUCGCACCAAACAUACCGUGGACAGAAUCGUUAAUUCUUAAAAAAGCGGAAUAACGUUUCGGAAAGCUUUCGAAAAUGUUUCCAAAGAAUCGAUAAACUAAAAUAUCGACGAACGAACGAUCGAAACUGGUGGAACGACAAAUUUUGUACGCCACAUUAUGUACAUAUAUAUAUGUAUAAAUAUUUAUAUAGUCGCGAUUUGUAAAUAUUGUAGAUAUAUUUUUGUACGUUUUACGCGAGAAAUAAGAGAUCGCAUAUUUUUCAUACGA